GACAAAAUAUACCAGCUGAAAAUAGACGUUGGCAAUCAUAUAAAUCGUCAAGACUCAAGAUACCUAUUUAUUUUGUGACCAAAAUCGUGCAACAGAACAUUUCUUCAUGUUUAAAAAGAAUUAAGUUUUCUUUAAUUUUGAAUAUUUUUGAACAACGGCCUGUUUAUUAGACACUCUUACAACUCUUACUAUUGAAAAUUAUUAACACGUUAUCUCUUGUAUUUGUUAUGUAGCGUUAUUAAAAGUAAACAUUUAUCAUUAUUCUUGCAUACAAUACAUGUUCUAUGAGUAAAAGAAGAUUAUCUAAGGAAAUGGUUGCUAAAAAUAAAAAUAAAGUAUUAGCAUGUUCAACUCCCGAACAUAGGUUGGAUUCUCCGUCGAGGGACAGUGAUUCAAUAUGUGAUUCAGAUGCUGGAAGUCCUGUCCCAUUUUUAUGCACUCAAGAUGGAGCUGAAGGAGAAACUGAUGUUGUAUGGAAUUUUUACACACCUAAAGCUGAACAACCCACAUAUAGGUCUAAAAACACAACACCCGUGAGUCGUAAAAGCAGAAAAGUAUUAAGGCCAAAACUAAUUGAAAAACCUUUACCUAGAAGAAAACCUGUUAGAUCAACACAAAAAAGAACUGAAUUAUUUCAAGAUUUGAUAGAACUGAAUCAAAACUUGCAUGAAUUAAUAAAGCAAAAAAAGUCUAAUAACAAUGUCAAUAAACCACAAUCAGGUAGUGAAGAUGACAUAUUUAGUGAUAAUAGUGAAAGCUCACCAAAAAGUGGCUUGCGUACAAGUAGCCGUUGCCUUAGAAAGAAUGUGUUGAGUUCCAAAUUCAAAAAACAAGAACCCGAACCUGGCUUGGAAUCGGAUGACUCUAUGAAUGAAUGUCUUUUAAGAGCAAGUCAAGUUGUUGAAGAAAAUAUUAUAAACUAUGAUCAUUCAGCACCAAAACGACCAUGCCUUGAAGCACUAAAUACAAAUAAUAAAUAUCAUUUUAAACCUAGUGCAAAUAUUAACAUGGAUCAGGAUUCUAUGGACACAAUACUAAGUAAUAUAAAAUUGGAAUCUCCUGCGGCUUACAACAAGAAUAAAAAAUAUGACUCACCACGAUUAAAUAAUGAUUCAUUUGAUAGCUUGCUGGGCAAUUUAAAUGACAGUGCAUUAGAGAGGCUUUCUCAAAUUCCUCUUAAAGAAACAAAGAAAAAUGUGACAAGUACAAAAGAUUCGAGCUGGAUACUAGAAGAUAUAAUUAUACAUGGAGAGAGCCCAACCUCAAGAUCUUUGUUUGGCAGGCAUAACUCGAUGCCAGAGUCUCCAUCAAUGAUAGAAUUGAAUAAACCCUCAACUAGUGGAAUGGCAUUUGGAAGAUACAACUCAAUGCCAUUCAACAAAAGUGAUGAAAAAAUUACUGUUCCAGGAGAUUCCCCAAUAAGAUGUACCCAAGAUGAAAUUAAAAAGAAACAUCAGCAAGCCCGGGAAAGAUUAAUGGCUAAAAGGCUUCUUCCAUUUACUACAUCACAACAACAAAAAACACAAGGGUCUUCACAGAAUCAGCCAAUUCAGAAGAAAAGUAUUUUUCAACCAAAAGUUCCUAGUAUCACAAAAGGAUUAAUAGACAAUAAAAUUAAUUAUGGUGGAACUAAUCAUAUUAAUACUUAUAAUCAAUCGGAUCAAAAUAAAGUUGAUUCAUCUAAUGUUAAACAACUAAUAGAAAAGAAACGACAAGAAGCAUUAAUGAAGUUAAGACGAAGACAACCACAAACAAAGCUGCCAUAAUAUUAUACUCCAAAAAUAUAAAUGUAUUUAUUUUUAAUUUUUGAACUGAACUAUUCUAUGUGAUAUGGAGUAUUUUAUUUACAUUAAUAAGUGUAUUGAUCCAAUUACAAAUGCCAUUAAUUGUUUUUUAAAUUAUGUAUGUUUGAUUAUAAUAGAAAGAU